AUGUACCUAGAAAACCAUCCGCAUAUUCGCGAUAUCAGGCUUAACUACUUCGAGAAAGAUUGGAAGGAAGAACCCAGAGAUGUAACUGUCGAUGUUGGUUCUUCCGUUUCGUUUGACUGCCGUGUUUCUGGUGAACCGCAACCGCAAAUAAGCUGGAAAAAGAAAAACGAUCAAAUGCCAGUGGCCAGAGCUUAUAUUGCCAAAGACAAUCGUGGCUUACGCAUUGACAGAGUGCAAGCAUCGGAUGAAGGUGACUAUAUCUGUUACGCUAGAAAUCCUGCUGGUUCAAUCGAGUCGUCUGCCCGAUUGAAAGUUCAGGCGCCUCCGACAUUCCAAACCAAACCCGUUGAUCGAAUCGUUGCCCAUGGCUCUACAGCCACUUUUGACUGUGUACCUGUAGGUCAACCAACACCUGCGUAUUUUUGGAGUAAAGAAGGACAACAGAACCUGCUAUUCCCAGGGCAUGUAUCAGCUGAUGGGCGAAUCAAAGUUUCACCAUCAGGCACGUUGACAAUCUCUGAGGUACGUCCAUCGGACCAGGGCGCAUACGUAUGUGCAGCAAUGAACUCGGCUGGGAGCUCUCUUAGUAAAGCGUUACUGAAGCUCCCGACAAAAAGUUAG